AUGGCUUCCAUGGCUGUAGCGUCGGCGGCAGCACCGGCGUCAGAAGCGGCGAUGGACUGUGCUGCAGCCAUGCAACCUUCCACUGAGGCGCUCUCUUAUCGUAUCGGAGGCAUGCUGGGCAUCCUCGUUAGUAGCAUUAUCGGUUUCUCCCUGCCAUUCCUGCUGCGCGGGCGCCACAAGACGCUGCUGUUCUUCUUCCGCGCCUCUGCUGCUGGCAUUGUUCUGGCUGUAGCCAUCGUGCACAUCUUCCCUGGCGCACAGGAGGCGCUGUCCAACCCAUGCCUCGACUUCUCUGCGUCCUCCUUCCCCUGGGCGCCCGUCUUCAUCCUCUUCUCCGCGCUCUGCUCCUUCCUCGUUGAGUGCUACCUCAAGAAGCUCCUCCUCCUCUCCUGGCGCCGCAGACACGCCUCUGCUUCUGCUGCAUCUCCCACCGCCUCUGCUGCCGCCGCUGCUGCCGCUGCUGCUGCUGCAGCUGCUGCUGGUGGUUUUGGUGGGAGCAGCAGGAGUGGCGGUAAGAAGCGGAGGCAGGGUGCGGGUGGUGUGGGUCGAGUGGCGCGAGCUGUUGCUGCGUUGCUGGCUGGUGGGAGGCGCAAGGGAGCGGGAAUCAGCAAAGGCGGCCAUGGCAACACAACCUGUCCAGAUAACGCCUGCCGUGGUGUCACCUGCAUGGAAGCCACCUGCCCCUCUGCUGCCUGUGUUCAAUCCCAGUGCAUUGGGACCAAGUGUGCGGAUUCCACUUGCACUGACGCUAAGUGCAUGGAAGCCAAGUGCACGGACGCGCAGUGCUUAACUAAGUGCUGCGAGUCCAAGUGCCCCGCGUGCCCCGACUGUGCCCUUGACGUGAGAGGUGGGGAGGAGGAAAAGGCAGCAAUGAAAACCGGGAAAGCGGCGGAGUGGGAGGAGCAGGAGGGGCGGGAGGAGAGUGAGGAGAGUGAGGAGAGGCAGAUGAGGGAGGCGGUGGCGCUGUCGUCGCUGCGAGCAGUGGCGUACACGCUGGAGGCCGGUAUCAUCUUCCACUCCAUCUUCAUUGGCAUCGCACUCGGGGCGAACCAUGACAGCGCCGAGAUCAAGGGCCUAGCCAUUGCCCUCGUCUUCCACCAGGUGCCUCUCUUUCUCCAUGUGCCUCCGUCAUUCUCCUUCUCCCCCUUCGCACCUCAUCUCUGUCUUCUCAAGGGGCUCGCCAUUGCCCUCGUCUUCCAUCAGGUGUGUGUCUUUCGCCAUGCCUCCCUCAUUCUCUUUCUCCCCCGCAUAACCUCAUCUCUGCCCGUACCACCUCAUCUCUGUUGUCGCAAGGGGCUCGCCAUUGUGCUAGUUUUCAGCACGUGUGAAAGGUCUUAA